AUGGUUCUCCGUUUGGUCAGGGACAGUUCGGGCCGCGACAGUUCGGGUCAGGACAGUCCGGCUCACGACGGUUCGGGCCAAUAAUACCGUUUCAUAUGUAAUCGGGUUUGCGGAGGAUAGGUUACCCCGAGAAUAGGUUACCCACCGGAUAUGUUACCCCAAAAAACACAUGUCCCGGAGGAUGGGUUACCCCACCGGAGAGGUUACCUAGAGGAUAGGUUACCCCUUACCAAAAAAAAAAAAAUUUUUUUGAAAUGUCUUCGGGACUUGGAAAAAAAGAAUUUUUUGUGAAGUUUGAAUAAAAUUUGAAAUGUUUUCGCUUCCGGAGUUGAAAAAAAAAAGAAUUUUUCGUGAACUUUGAAUAAAUUUUGAAAUGUUUUCGCUUGGGGAGUUGAAAAAAUUUUUUUUGUGAAAUUGGAAUAAAAUUUGGAAUGUUUUCGUUUCGGGAGUGGGAAAAAAGAAUUUUUUUGGAAGAUUCAACAAAAUUUGACAUGUUUUCUCUUCGUGAGUGGGAAAAUUUUUUAAUUCUUUCAAAUUUUAUUCAAAUUUCACCAAAAAAUUCUUUUUUUCCCAGUCCCUAAGCGAAAACAAUUCAAAAAUUUUUUUUUCAGAAAAGGGGUAACCUAUUCUCGUGUUGACCUAUCCUCUGAGGUAACCUAUCCGUGGGGUAACCUAUCCUCUGGGGUAACCUAUCCGAAACUUGGGGUAACCGAUCCGGUGGGGUAACCUAUUGGCUAGGGGUAACCUAUCUUCCGAGAACGAUGUAAUCGAUGGGAUUUUUUCCGAACAGUGUACCUUACAAACUUUGAAAUGUUUUCGUUUCGGGUCAUGAAAGAGAGAUUUUUUGUGGAGAAUUUACACAACUUUUUAAGCCAAAUUGUAAUAUUCAAAAACAGAGAUGAAUAUUGUAUUCAAAAUUAUCACCAUUGAUUGUCUCUAAAUCCACUAUUACCCAAAAAAUUUUAAAAAUUACAUUUUUACAUUACUUUGUAUGAACUAUCGAAUAAUUUAUGCAGAUUUUUGCUAAAAAAUCGUAUGAAUUUGAAAUUUUGAGGAACUAAAUUGCUCCUUUUGUCAAAAUGUCCGGAUAAAUAAACAGUAAAACUAGUUACGACUAAUGUAAACGGCAUUCAUCACAGUCUAUGGUAAAAGCUUAGUACGAGAUUUUCACUUCUGCCAGAAAAAAUUACUGUAAUCUGACGUCAUUUUGGAAAGAUCUGUCAAAUUAAAAACCCCAAAAAUAAAUGAAAAUUUUGCAACCGUUUAUUCGUAAACGCUAGAAACAAAAUGCUUCACUAAGCGAAAAAAGCUCCGGCAAAAAGGUCUAGGUCGUCACCAACUUCAAGAUGGUGGACUAAAAUUAUCCGAAACGUUCUCCGUGCUUGACUAGGAUGGUCACUACACCUUUUUUAUAGUUAUUUCGUCAUCAAGAUCACGACCAGGUCAUUACCAUCCUACUAGCUGAUCCAAAAACCGUCUGGAUCAGCUAGUAGGAUUAUUUUUUUGGAUUUUGAACAUUAAUCUUGACCUAACUCACGAUCUAUGUCAUGAACUAGCUUAGUUCUCCCCGAAAAACGCACCUGCCCAGAUCAAGGGUAGCUGUAAAUUUGUGUAGUUUGUUUUUGCCAAUAAAAUCAUAAAAAAGGAAUAUCGUUUUCAUAAUCAGCGACGUUGAUUACCCAUAAAUCCACAAUUUUUAAAGAAAAAUUCAAAAAGUUACAUUUUACUCUUUUAAAAAUGUAAAAAUCACAUAAAAUACACAUGGUUUACAAAGACAUAAGGAUGUUGAGGAUGCCUGAAAGGAUUCCAGCAAACUGCACAUUAUAGCAUCUGCCCAUUGUGCUUUCUGCCCAUUACGAACGGACACGCAUUACACAUUAACUGAUGACAUAUCAUGGUUGUUAUGUUUUUUUGUUUUUGAUCUCUGACUCAUUUGAGGAAAUGACAUAUGGCCGAUCAUCAGACCCACUCAUCAAAUCAUCAGGUCAAGUUAAAGACGACUUUAAAGAAGUAAAAUAACACGUUGAGUCAUCACAGACGUCGCAUCGAGCGCUCAAAAUAAACAUAAGGUAUGUUUUGUCCCAUAAACAACUGACUUUGAGUGAAUAAACAGGAAUCAAAUAAAUUAAAGAGCGAAGUCAAGGGCCUUCAACAGAUCCAAAGGGCCGUUCAAUUCGAAGGUAACGUAACAAACAGCCUUACUUUCCUUCUUUCCUUGCCUUCCUUCCUUCCGCCUUCAACAAACAAUCAGGGCGGGACCGUUCCUUUUCAAUAAAAGUUUUUUAUUUUGGUCUAGAUUUAGAUCAGAUCUGAUUUCAGAGAUCAGAGAGGAAGGAUGUGGCGUCGGAUCGUGGUGUUUUCGCUUUUGGUCAGUCUGACCCUGGCUUUGGAGGUAAGCAACAUGUUUAAAUAAAAUUUUGAGUUUGAAAUGUUUACUUAUACUUUCGCACCGUUUAUUCUAAUUACACUUUUUGCGUUCUCAUUUACGUCAUGACUUUAUUAACCGUUAUUAUAAUGCCUUUCAGAAAAGAGAUGCUGCUCAUGACAUCAAAAAGAAGUACGGAGAUCUCAAGGAAAAUUGUUUCCCCCGUCCCGGAGUAAAAGCCGGCUGUAGAUGCACGUUUAAAAACGAUAAAGGAGAGGAACAAGUCAAGCUGUUCGACAACAAAUCUGAAUGUGUGAAACCAGUCGUGGGUGGGUAACCAACUUCAAACCUUACCAAAUUAUAUUCCUUUAGUCCAAACAGCUGAGAACAAGGCCAAACUUAAUCAGGAAUUUAAGGAAAAGAUGGGCGGCCUCAGGGAUGGGUGUUUCCCCCUACCCAAGGGCUGUAGAUGCACAGAAAAGGAUGCCCAAGGAGCCGAUAUUGUCAAAAAGUACGCCAACAUUGAUGAAUGCAGAGGCCCAACAGCUGAGGAUAAGGAAAACAAAGCCAAAGUGAAUGAAGAAUUGGAAAAAAAGUUUGGAGGAUUAAAGGAAAACUGUUACCCCAGAGCCGGAAAUGGAGGAAAGGGAUGCAGAUGUACUGCGAAGGAUUCUCAGGGAAACGAACAAACUAAAUAUUAUGACACUGACGCUGAAUGUAAGGUCGAGUUGGUUGAAGGGUGCACUGAAACUGAAUGCAAAGUAAGCUAACAUUUCAUAAUCGACUUCUUCUAACUUUGCAGUCAUUCCUUAUGCCUCUGGUAAUUUAGAUCCGCCAAAAACGUGAGUACCAAAGAGAUAGAUCCCCGUCUCAGAAUGUCCGAGAUCCCGUUAGAGAAAAAGCUCAGGCCAACUAUCAAGCAGUCAUCAACGAGUUGAAACAGAAGUUUGCCGGCCUUAAAGAUGGUUGUUUCCCCCGCCCCAAGGGCUGUGUUUGUGUGGUUGGCAAAGACGUUGAUGGGCAUGAGAUCACGGAACGUCGAAUGAAAGAUACCGAUUGCAAAUGUCAGCCCGGAGAGCGAGGCCCUGGAUGUCCAGCUGAUGGUGCUUAG